GCUUGUCCAGGAGGGAGACAUCCUGUGUGUUCCAACGUUUGGAUAUGCCGAGUUCUUAGAAGUAAAUGCAGACAAAUUCCUAAGAUGGCCAGAGCUUUACUUCAAAGUGAGGAAGAUUGUGGGCACGGUGGAAGGCGAGCAGUCUGAGGGUUACCUGGUGGACACCCAGAACAGCUCGCUCUAUCUGGUGGGUUCAACAAACAGCGCUGUCCCGUCUGCCCCAGCCUACAACAGCCACGAGUUCUGGAGCAGUUUGUCUCCUGCUGGACUUUCUGAUGUUGUGAAGCAGCUCUGUGAUGCUCUUCGGCCUCACCUGAACGCUCGGGCAAGUGCACUGAGCGGGGCUGGCAGCGUUCUCCUCGUGGGACCAAGCGGCAGUGGGAAACUGAUGGCUGUCCGAGCUGUGUGUAGCUGCCUCAACCUCCACCUCUUCAAGGUUGAUUGUGUCAGUUUGUGCAGUGACACCAGCGCAGCUACAGAGGAGAAAGUGCAGAUGGCCUUCGCCCAGGCCCAGCGGUACCACCCCUGUGUGCUCCUGCUAGACAUCGAGUUGCUCGGCAGAGACCGGGACAGGCUGGGGGAGGACGCCAGGGUCAUCACCACGCUGAGGCAGCUGCUCCUGGACGCAGACCCAGCACGAAGCAGCCACCCUGUCCUGGUGAUCGGCACAACCUGCAAGCCUCAGGAUGUCCCUACGGACGUGCAGACUGCUUUCCUUCACGAGGUGAAAAUUGAAGCCCCUUCAGAAGAGCAGAGGAGGUCGAUGCUGAGCAUGCUGACUGCCGGGCUGCCUCUGGGCAAAGAAGUGAGCCUAUCCAAGCUGGCCCGCAGGACUGCAGGUUUUGUGCUGGGAGAUUUCUGUGCCUUGUUGUCCCACAGCAGCCGGGCUGCUUGUACCCGCAUCCAGGCCUUGAGUUUUCCAGGCGGACUGAGCGAGGAAGUGGAGAGAGACUUUUGCACCGCGGGGUUCCCAGUGCUGGAGGAGGAUUUUGGUGUUGCGCUGGAGCAGCUGCAGAGUGCCCAUUCGCGGGCUGUGGGAGCCCCAAAGAUCCCCUCCGUGUCCUGGCAGGAUGUUGGUGGGCUCCAGGAGGUGAAGAAGGAGAUCCUGGACACGAUCCAGCUGCCCCUGGAGCACCCAGAGCUGCUAUCGCUGGGUCUGUGCCGCUCUGGUCUGCUGCUGUAUGGGCCUCCAGGGACAGGGAAGACCUUGCUGGCAAAAGCCGUGGCAACCACGUGCUCCAUGACGUUCCUGAGCGUGAAGGGCCCAGAGCUCAUCAACAUGUACGUUGGGCAGAGUGAGGAGAACGUGCGUAACGUGUUUGCCAGAGCCAGGGCAGCUGCUCCCUGCAUCAUCUUCUUUGAUGAGCUGGAUUCCCUGGCCCCCAGUCGUGGGCGGAGUGGAGAUUCGGGGGGUGUCAUGGACAGGGUUGUCUCGCAGCUCCUGGCUGAGCUCGACGGCCUUCAUUCCGCCAGAGAGGUGUUUGUCAUCGGAGCUACGAACAGGCCCGACCUCCUGGACCCG